AAACAGACUUCAACAGCCGCUCGCUGUAGGGAUGGGAGACGUGAAAUCUGAAGAAGACGUGAAGCUCGGUUCGGAGGAAAUGGAGUCUGAACCCAAACCCAAGAGAAGCGCUAAAGUGCUGUUUCCUAAUGAAGAGGAGCCCCAUGAUGAUGAUGAUGAUGAGGAGGAGGAGGAGGAGGAUGAAGGUGAUGAAGAAGAUGAAGAUGAUGAUGAUGACAGUGGUACAGAUCACCUCUCUGUGGAUGGUCAGUCCUGCACUCGCCUGCAGCCGGCCGAGCCGAUGGGGAGCGGAGGAUUACCUGCCGUGUUCCAGACCAACCACCUGGUGUUCUACGAGAGGUUUAAAGCCUAUCAGGACUACAUGCUCGGUGACUGUAAGCCGUCAGAGGUGAAGGCUUUCACUGCUGAUUACCUGGAGAAGGUGGUGGAGCCGUGUGAUUGGAGGGCUCUGUGGCACACUGACGUGUUUGACGUGCUGGUGGAGGUGUUGGAUGUGGACUAUAAGGACAUGAGAGCGAAGGUGGAUGUGGUCGUCCCGCUGCAGUGUGAGGCUCGAGGCUGUGAGCUGUGUGAGGACUCCAUGAAAACUUUACUGGAGGCCACCAUGAGCAGAGUUCCACUGCAGGAGCUCAGCGUGGUGUACGACCCGUCUGGAGACUUCGACCAAACCGCACUCGCUCUGGAACACCUCAGGUUCUUUUACAAACACAUCUGGAGGAAGUGGGACGAGGAAGAUGAGGAUGAUGAGUUUGAUUAUUUUGUUCGCUGUGUAGAACCUCGACUCCGACUAUAUUACGACAUCCUGGAGGACCGUGUCCCUGCCGGUCUGGUGGAGGAGUACCACACACUCCUGCAGCGCUGCACACACACUUUUAAGGAGUUCUCCAGCCUGAGGAACGUCCUGAGCAGCGACUCCGACUCGGAGCUGGACAACGUGUCCAUGGUGGAGGGACUGCGCAUGUACGAGCGCAUGGAGACGCUCAAACGCAGACUGCGCAUCAUCGAGAACCCACUGCUCAGGUAUGUGCUGGGUUACAGGAUGAACUGUGGUCAGCAGUCGUGUCGUCCUAAAGGUGAGCGUCGCGGUGGAGGCCGUGUGGUCCACGUGGUCUCCUCCUCCACCAGCGUUCAGUCUCUCCACAGCCUGAUGAUGGAUAAGCUCCUCCCCCUGUACUCGGGGAAAGAGUUCGAGCUGCAGUUCCACAGCGAGCCGGCGUCGGCGGUGAAGGCGUGUUAUGAAGGAGACGUAAUCAUCGUGUGUCCCGGUCAUUACAUCAUCACCAACGCCAUCAGCAUCGCCGACUCCAUCCAGCUGGAGGGUUACGGUUUGCCUGAUGAGAUCGUUAUAGAGAAGAGGAAUAAAGGAGACACGUUUGUGGAGUCGAUUGGUGUUGAUGUGAAAAUCUCCAACCUGAAGUUUAUUCAGCACGACGCCAUCGAGGGAAUUCUCUGUGUGAGACAGGGGAGGUUGGAGAUGGAGAACUGUGUGUUACAGUGUGAAACUACAGGCGUGAUCGUCCGCACAUCUGCCCAGCUCAUCAUGAACAUGUGUGACCUUUACGGCGCCAAGGGAGCCGGUGUAGAGAUUUAUCCGGGGAGUGUGUGCAGUCUGGUGGGAAACGGUGUCCAUCACUGUAAGGAGGGAGUUCUGAUUAAGGAUUUUGCGGAUGAGUUGGAUGUUCCUCCUCAGAUCACGAUGGUGAAUAAUGUGAUCCACAAUAACGCAGGUUAUGGAGUUAUUCUAGUAAAGCCUGAAGACCGCACAGCUGCUGCAAAAGCUGAAAGGGGGGAGGAGCAAUCGAGAGGCAUGGCCACAACAGAAGGGGGUGUGGUCGUACAGUCAGUAGGUGGGGCUGUGGAAACAGAAGGUGUGGUUAAAAUAACAUCAGAGGUGGAGCGAGCAUGUGAAGCUCCUGUCUCAGAGGAAGAACUUCCAGCUGAAGUUCAACACAACGCCGUUCCUCUUGAAGUCACAGCAGGAAAUGAUGUCAUCAAGCGUGAGCUCCUGGCCACGUCUGUGACAAAGCGCCGCGCUCAGAGGAGCCGUGUGCAGGACGUAGGAGCCAUGAGGGCGGACGAGAACCUGCUGAGUCAGGAGAUGUUUGUCUCUAUCGAGGGGAAUCAGUUCCGGCGUAACGGCAUGGGCAGCUUCGGCACCUUCCUGUACUGAAACUACGGCUUUCACUGGGGGACAAACUCCGCCCACAUCCGGCGUAUUUAUCCCACAAACUCUUAAAGCUCUUCUUGAAGUCCUAAAGUCCGUUACCAAGAACUCUUUAUUUUAUAACUGAUCUCUUCAGGCUUUUAUUUCAUCUCGUAUGGAGCUGCUAGCGCGGCGGCCAUUUUGCCUUCCGCAGUUUAAAUAAAGGAAGUGACGAGGAGAUGAAUUUAAACACCGCUGGAACUCUAAUGUGCAAUUUCACUAAAGUUUUAUUUUAUUCGUAGGAUAUUAAGGUGAUGUCACUAAUGUUUUAUGUUUAAAUUUCACGUGAAGCACCCUGUCCAGGGUGUACCCCGCCUUGUGCCCCAUGCUCCCUGGGAUAGGCCCCAGGUUCCCCGCGACCCUGAGAAGGAUAAGCGGUAUAGAAGAUGGAUGGAUGGACUUCACGUGAAGUGUCACAGUUUGCUGAGGAGUGUGUUUUAUUGUGAUCGUGUUCAGCUGGUGGGACAGUUUGGUUAUUUAUUUAGUUUAGUUGUAAUAAUUUGAAUGGUUUUUGGUUAAUGUUCAGCACAUCAGCUCCGUGGAGGCAGGGGCUCGGUUUCGCUUCACCUUGUAUGAGACACGUCGCUGUUUAAUUCCUGUUGAUUAAUUUUCAGUGGAUUAAAGGUCUGCUAAAACCUCA